AUGUGGAGCUGUGAUGUCAGAGGAAUUUCUGUUACACAUAAUGUGACAUUCAAACACCAAACAGUGUCAUUUUCUUGUGAUCAGUCAUUAUUUGGUGCUGCCAGUCCUUAUCUUAAGCGUAUUUUCGACGCAAUCGAAGUUGGUCUGCAGGGCAAAAGAUUUCCCGGUGUUUCUGUUAGUGUUUGUCAGUAUACAAAGCAUGUUACCUUAGAAUAUGAAGAACCUCUUGACUCAUUGGAGGUGAUCCAUAAGUAUCUUCAUAAUCCUGAACUCGAAGUAGAUCCCUCGAUUUUACCUUCUGUUUGCAAAACAGCCAAAAUAUAUGAAUUUCAUGGUGCUUUUCGAAAAUUUGGAAGCCUUCUUGCACGAACAAUUUCUCUUGAAAAUAUAGGCGAGGUUUGUCCAUUGGUUUCCUUGUCCAUUAGCCGACCCGAUGGAGCUGCGAUUUUCAAAGAUGAAACUUCUCGAGAACUUGCAAUUGCAGUUAAGAAAUUUAUGAUCGAAAAUGCCGACGCCAUAGCCUCAUCUCAAACUGGUCAACUCUCUGCUCGCCUUUUCAUCGAUGUUUUGGAAGGAUCCCAGUAUGCAAGUCGUGAAACUAUUGGUGGCGAAGCAAACACCCCAACGGAAUCUGAUGACUGGGACCUCUCAGAACGGGUUCUUCUCUACUGUUCGCGUCGAGUUCAAGACCAGGAACCCCUUGAUGAGGGAAAUCACACAAAUUUGGUAGACAAGUCAUCCAGGAAAUUGACCAAUAAAACGCAUGCUUCCGCUCAUGACACUGUUACCGAUGAAAUUCGGAUGACAAUACCUGAUUCUCGUCUCGCCGAGUUCGACAGAAAGUCAUCUUCUCAACAAACUUCGCCAACACCUGAGAAGACGGAUCGUGAGCGAACAGGGGAAACUUCUCGACAAACAAGUAGCACAAGUGGGGUUACCGGCACACGACCUCCCUCUCCACUCUCUGACUCUGACGUAGAGACUUGCCUUCUUGCCAAAACUUCCUUUGGAGCCGGAUCAAUUUCCAUUCACCUGGCUAAACUUCAAGGUCGUUUGGUGGGCUUAUCAGUGAAGAGAAGAUCGGCUCCCUCGGGCCCUGGGUCAUCGGGAUCCUCCUCGGUUGCUGGGGCUCCUGGAAACGCCGGUUUCCAGGCCCCUUCUGCUCUCCCUACCUCUAUUCUCCUCCCGCCUUCGCCUCCCCCUCCUCCUCCUCCUUCCGAGCUUAACAAUUCAAACGCCAUGUCUGUGGUUAUCCCCUCCGAUAGGAACCAAACUCCUAAUGAUCAUUGUCUUGAAGAUUUCUCUCCACCUACAACCAACCUACGCCGAGGUUCGGUAUUCCGUUCCCUCGGAUGUCUUUCCACUCCCCUUAUUGAGGCCAGGUGCAGUGCUGGAGCCGUUACCAUCUGUUCUUCGGUCGAUGAAGUUGAAGAAGAGGCUUCAAGGCAGGUACAUCAUUGGAUUCUGAUUGCUGGUGGUACAUCGGAAGGCCGAUGUCUCGGUUCCACGGAGAUCCUUCGUAUUUCUCGACCCAUAGGUUGUGGCGAUAGGUCUCGAGAAGGCAAUGAAAACAGGAGGGAUUCUAUGAUGAGUAAUUGUUCUGAUAUUGAGAGUGCUUCGAAUUGUGGAUUUCCUGAGUUCACGACAAUGUGUACAAGACUGGGACCUCCUAUGAAGUCUCCAAGAAGUCGAUUUGCUCUGGCUGCACUUGAUGGCGCAUCAUCCAUCUAUGCUUGUGGUGGGUCGAAUGGAAAUGACGAUCUUGCCACAGUCGAGCGUUUGAGUUUUGACUCCGGUGACGAGAGCUAUAAGAAAUGGCGGUAUGUUGCCAGUAUGCAGCAGCAAAGAAGUUGCUGUGCUGUAGUCACAUGGGCUGAUGAAUCGCGGAUCAUGGUGAUGGGAGGUCAAUGUGAAGGAUCACCUCUUUCCUCAGUGGAGGCGUAUAACCCUGACUUAAACAUGUGGACAUCUCUUCCAUCCAUGUCUGAAGCUCGAAGUCAGCUGUGCGCAGCGACCCUAAGCCAACGAGGUCUAAUUAUAGCCGUUGGAGGAGCUAGUGAAACUCCCGAUAUCCCAACCACCCAGCCCUCAUCUUCGUCUGCCUACACCAGUGCCCACUUUUUCGAAUCGGGUUUAUCUCCUUCGGGUGAAGCUUACGAUCCUCGUUGCUCACAUUGGAUCCGUCUCCCUGAACUGCUCACUCGGGGUCCGCUCAUUGGGGCCUCUUUGGUUCCCCUCUCCUCCAGCUCUGGUCGCCUUUUGUUGAUUGGAGGUACUGACGGAGUAUCAGCAGUGACUCAAACCCAAAUCUUUGAUUCUCGGACUUGGAGCUGGCUUCCCGGCCCCUCCUUGUCGAUUGGUCGUGCCUCCCCAUGUGCUGUGUCCCUAACACCAUCCGUCACUCAAUUAGGGGGCAUUGGUUCCUCCUCUACUAUUCCCUACAUAGCUGUAAUCGGUGGCUACAAUCUUUCUUCCGGCGGUUUCUUGAACUCUGUCGAGAUUGUCGGUGUGACAGGCAGCUCAGGACAGGUCUCCCCGUUUUCUGUGCCUUCAAAUGUCUCACCCAGAGGAUGUGUUUCUCCCGAUACCCUUUCUAACAUUCCUUCUAGCCACGCCCCCUCAAAUCCCAGAUUCGAGGAAGAAACUGAAUGCCCUUCUCAGCUUUUGGGUAUCUUCUCAACAAAUUAG